UCUCUAUUAAGCCCCGUCUAUGCUUAAAACAUAAAUGAAGGAGGGAAAGUUCAGGCACAGAGACGCGUGUUCUGAUUUGGUUGUUUACCAUCAAUCAGACCGUUGCUUGGCAGACACUGGGUGGUUAUGAGCCUGAACAAGCUGAAAAGGGGCAGGAAAAGAAGUGGAGGCAGCAUUCUUCCUAUUUAAAGCUGCAUCGCUUGAAAAAAGUUUUCGCAGACUGUGCUGGAGCUGGUGCUGAAAAAGGGGGUUUGCAGAGGCUGCCCUGGGACUGGUGCUGAAAGGAGAAGAGCCCACAGCUGCCUUCAUGGUGCUGCAAUAACCUUAGAAUCUACUUUUCACUCCCAGGAGGACCCCCAUGUCUAAUAUUUAGACACGAUGGCAAACUGGGUGGAAGCGAGACCUCUCCUCAUUCUUACUGUUCUAUUAGGGCAAUUUGUCUCAAUAAAAGCCCAGGAAGAAGGCGAGGAUGAAGGAUAUGGUGAAGAAAUAGCCUGCACUCAGAACGGCCAGAUGUACUUAAACAGGGACAUUUGGAAACCCGCCCCUUGCCAGAUCUGUGUCUGUGACAAUGGAGCCAUUCUUUGCGACAAGAUAGAGUGCCAGGAUGUGCUCGACUGUGCUGACCCUAUAACUCCCCCUGGGGAGUGCUGUCCUGUCUGUUCACAGACCACGGGAGGUGAAGGUAGCAAUACCAAUUUUGGUAGAGGAAGAAAGGGACAAAAAGGUGAACCAGGAUUAGUGCCUGUUGUAACAGGCAUUCGUGGUCGUCCAGGACCUGCAGGACCUCCAGGAUCACAAGGACCAAGAGGAGAGCGAGGCCCAAAAGGGAGACCUGGUCCUCGUGGUCCUCAGGGAAUUGACGGAGAACCAGGUGUUCCUGGUCAACCUGGUGCUCCAGGGCCUCCUGGGCAUCCGUCCCACCCAGGACCCGAUGGCAUGAGCAGGCCGUUUUCAGCUCAGAUGGCUGGGUUGGAUGAAAAAUCUGGACUUGGGAGUCAAGUAGGGCUGAUGCCUGGCUCUGUGGGUCCUAUUGGCCCAAGGGGACCUCAAGGUUUACAAGGGCAGCAAGGUGGUGUAGGACCUACAGGACCUCCUGGAGAACCUGGUGAUCCUGGACCAAUGGGUCCAGUUGGUUCACGUGGACCAGAGGGGCCUCCUGGGAAACCUGGUGAAGAUGGUGAACCUGGUAGAAAUGGAAAUACUGGUGAAGUGGGAUUUACAGGAUCUCCAGGAGCUCGAGGCUUUCCUGGGGCUCCUGGUCUUCCGGGCCUGAAAGGUCAUCGAGGACACAAAGGUCUCGAUGGCCCUAAAGGUGAAGUUGGAGCACCUGGUUCCAAGGGUGAAGCAGGCCCUACCGGUCAAAUGGGAGCCAUGGGUCCUCUGGGUCCCAGAGGAAUGCCAGGAGAGAGAGGAAGACUUGGGCCACAGGGUGCUCCUGGACAACGAGGUGCACAUGGUAUGCCUGGAAAACCCGGACCUAUGGGUCCUCUUGGGAUAUCUGGCUCUCCUGGUUUUCCAGGGAAUCCUGGAAUGAAGGGAGAUGCAGGUCCUACUGGGGCACGAGGCCCUGAAGGUCCUCAGGGGCAGAGAGGUGAAACUGGGCCACCAGGUCCAGUUGGCUCUCAAGGUCUUCCUGGUGCAAUGGGAACUGAUGGUACACCUGGUGCCAAAGGCCCAACGGGCUCUCCAGGUGCAUCUGGACCUCCUGGAUUGCCAGGGCCCCCUGGAUCUCCAGGACCUCAGGGUAGCACUGGACCUACGGGAAUUCGAGGCCAACCGGGUGACCCAGGAGUUCCAGGUUUCAAAGGAGAAGCUGGCCCAAAAGGGGAACCAGGGCCACAUGGUAUUCAGGGUCCAAUAGGCCCACCUGGUGAAGAAGGCAAAAGAGGUCCCCGAGGUGAUCCAGGAACAGUUGGUCCUCCAGGCCCAGUGGGAGAAAGGGGUGCUCCUGGCAAUCGUGGUUUUCCAGGCUCUGAUGGUUUACCUGGGCCCAAG